UUGUUUGUACGUAUUCGAUUAAUUUGGUGCGUUUGUUUUAUUUUACAUCAAAGUUUAAAGACAAAGUCCUUUCCAGGAUGGCCUUAAAAAUAGAUGAAAUUAUGGACUUGUCAUUGGAUGAUUAUAUUGCCAUUUCCAAAAAGUCCACAAACAACAAUGCCGUUACAAACAACAACAAUAACCACGAAAAAAUCACGCUCGAUGGCAAUAGCAAUGAUGCUAAAUUUGGUCGCCGAAAAGGUAAUAUAGACGAUGAAGAAGAUGAUGAUGAAGAUGAUAUGCUGAUGGUACCACCUAAAGAAGAGUUAGAGGAGGAUCAACAUAUUGAAGAAAUUGACACUGGUAUUUGGAAAGGACCGGAUUCGUCGAUAUCCUACUUAGAUUGUCAUGAUAGGCAAAAUGAUUUGCGCGAUAAACUUAAUAAUAGUAAUAACAAAAAUUCGUACGCUAAAGUCAGUUCGGUACAAUAUCGCAUGAUGGCACCCAAUACUGCUGCAAAUAGACCACGUGGUAUCCCUACGUUGCUGCCGUUGGAUGUAGAGGUUAAUAAUAGAAAUUGGGGGUUCAAUAGAAACGGUGGUAGACGUAAUAGAGGUAAUCGAGGAAAUCGUGGUUAUAAUAAUUUCCAGAGGGGAUUUAAUAAUGGUGGUAAUAACUUUAAUGAUGCUGUUAAUGGAUUAGGUGGUGUAAGUAAUGGUCGAGUACAAAGGAAUCGAAAACAGGACAUUGAAAGCAAAAAUCUUCGUUUCUCUGUUGGCAGAAACAAUAAUUGCAACAAUAAUAAUCCAAAUGGAACUUGUAGUCCACAUCCAGCUCAAAAUAUGAUUAUAGAAACUCCCAGUAACUGUAUAAACUUAAUACCAAGUCCACCAUUAAAUUCAAGUUUUCAAGUUCCUCAACAUGCGGCACCUGAACGUCAUAGUAAUACUAAUAAUAAUGGGUCACAAUCUUUUCCGAUUGGCAACUUAACGCCACAAGCUGAAGCUGCUUUAAAUUUAAAUUCGAAUGGAAUGCAGACCCCAAAUGUACCUGGAGGCAGCAGUAAUGAAAGCCUUAAAAGUUUAUUGGGUUUUCAGGGGAAUGUUUCGGGUGAAAUGAUGCCAGUAUUUGCUUCGCGUUUGAUGGAUUUUAUACAAAAUGGUUUGCAAAAUCCAUCAGUACAUAAACCAGUUUAUGAUAUGAAAAUACAAAAGGAUAUACAUGAAAUUCAGAAAAAACCAUUGCUUUAUAAAUGCCCUGGCGGUGAAGUUGUAAGUUCUGAUGGGGCUGGAGUUAAUUGCAAAAUAAUACCACGCACAAGUGGUGUAUCUUUAAAUUGUCGCUUUGCUUAAGAGGACGCCAAAUAUCUAAAAAACCAAUGAAUUUUUU